AUUUAAUAUAUCUGACGGCAAAAUUGUUUACUCCUAGUUUGUAGCACGCACUUCGCUGAGUAGGACUUCGGUCAGGAUGAUCGGAGAAAUUGUUCUUGUUAUAUUGCUGGGGGUCACAGCAGUGAGACUCUAUAAAAAUGCUUACAAAAAACCUGCCAAUUUCCCGCCAGGUCCACCCAGCCUUCCAGUGUACGGCGCGUACUGGUUGGUGCUAGCGAAGGUAUACAACAAUUUAGCCGCCGCGUGUAUUAAGUUUUCAAAUGAGUACAAGUCUAAGGUGAUCGGAAUGCUUCUCGGAACUAUACCGGUGGUUGUCGUUAACGAUCCUUACUUACUCAAAGAAGUACUUAAUCGCGAGGAAUUCGAUGGACGAAUGGAUAUCAUACUUGGCAGACUUAGGUCUUAUUGGAAAAAGCUUGGCAUAUUCUUCACGGAUGGCUACUUCUGGCACGUACAGAGAAGGUUUACUCUUCGGUAUAUGAGGGACUAUGGUUUCGGCAGACGCGACGAAUCCUUGGAAUCUACUGUCGCGCACGAGGUCAAGGAAAUGAUUGAUAUGGCUACAAACGGACCAAAGUAUCCAGCUGAAAAUGAUUUAGUGAAAGGCGACCAGAUAUAUCUGCCUCAUUUCUUCGCGGUACCGUUUAUGAAUGGCUUGAUGCACGUGUUAACACGUGCUUCUGUACCGAGGCAGGAUUACCAUAUACUGUGGGCGACGGCCCGAGGUGCUCUUAGGUUCCAAAGGAGUUCCAAUGACUUGGGCGGAGCCCUAAGUUUUACUCCAUGGCUAAAGGAUUUCCUACCGGAAUUUAGCGGCUACAAGGGCCUGAAGGAAGGAAAUCAGUGUAUUUUGGAUUUGUUUACGAAAAUAGUAAAAGAAGCCUUGGAUACUCAUGACAGUUCAUUCAACCGUCACUUCUUAGACGUGUACAUCAGUAAAAUGAAGGAAGAAAUGGCCGAGAAGAAGAGAACAACAUACUCUGUUGAUCAACUGGCGUUGGUAUGCACGGACUACAUGUUUCCGACUGCGUCAGCUCUGCAAUCUGUACUCACUUUACUUAUUGAACGUCUGCUACUGCAUCCUGAAGUGCAAGACAAAAUACACGAGGAAAUAGACCGAGUUAUCGGUCGCGAUAGGCUUCCUACGAUAGAUGACAGAAGCAAUAUGCCGUACACAGAGGCGUGUUUGAGGGAGAUAAUGAGGAUCGAGACGCUGGUGCCUCUCGGAGUGCCGCACCGCGCCAUGGUCGACACCAAGCUAGACGGGUAUAACAUUCCUGAGGGCUCAAUGGUCAGUCUCAACUACGUGACACUGCACAUGAAUAAAGAGAUAUGGGGGGAUCCUGAAAACUUCCGGCCCGAGAGGUUCAUCGUCAACGGCCGCUUGCAGCUAAGUCAGGACAAGUCACUGCCCUUCGGUGCAGGUCGUCGACUCUGUGCGGGAGAGACGUACGCCCGUCAAUCAUUGUUCCAGGUGUUCGCAGCUUUCAUGCAGGCAUUCCAGGUGUCCACCACUGAUGGCAAACCUUAUAAACAAUUGGCACCAAGAAUACAAGGGAUUAUAACGACCAUCCCUAAUUUUUGGAUCCGCGUAACACCCAGGAAAUAAAUGUUUAUAAUAAUACAUAGUAGUAUGUAUUGAUUUAA